AGGAGAAUCUGACAGGUCUUUGUUGCUGAACUGAAAUUCAGGGAAGCCGAACUCCUCCUACCAAAUUAUCGAAACUGGGCAGGCUUUUGCUCCGUUCUCAAAUAGGACACAGCUCCGAAAUCCAGGCAGUCCCAAUCUGACCUUCAAGCAUUUGGAACCCCUGAAGGGAACCAGGGACCGGACACAUAAAAGAAAAAAAAAAAGAAAAAAGAAAGAAAACAAAGAACGAAAAAGACCAAAUAACAAAACAAGUAAAAAAAACGCUUAAGAUAUAAAGCCAAUUAAUGAUCAUUAACGCACGAUCCACAGUUAGUUUGGCAGCAUUAUUAUUUGGACUAUACUUCGGCUGUACUUGCUAAACAAGAGUGGGCUGCAACUCUGCGGCGCGUCUCAUUUUCUACAUUUGUUUUCAGAACACCUUUCAGAGAAAGAGAAUCGGCGACACAUCGUAUGAGUACUUUUUGCAUUCGAAAGGCAGUAAAUCUUUCAAUUCGUGUGUCUUUCUGUAGAUAUUUUGGAUGAACUAAGACUGUGGGCUCGUAUAUGGAAGUUGUAGGGUGCAGGGCAGAAGAGAACGCUUGCACAUUUCGUCCAUCAGCCAUGCUUUUCCACGGCAUCUCCGGGGAUCACAUCCAUGGAAUCAUGGAGGAGAUGGAGCGGAGGUCUAAAUCGGAGUCUCGACUGGCCAAAAGUGUGCAGAUGAAUGGGCGAGAAACGACGAUGCCCUCGAUGAGCCCGGAGAAGCCGGCCCUAUGCGCUGGCUGUGGUGGUAAAAUCUCGGACAGAUAUUAUUUACUGGCAGUGGAUAAGCAGUGGCACCUCAGGUGUCUCAAGUGCUGUGAAUGUAAACUCGCCCUUGAAUCAGAACUCACAUGUUUCGCAAAGGAUGGUAGCAUUUACUGCAAAGAGGAUUACUACAGGUUCUCAGUGCAGAGAUGUGCCCGCUGCCACCUUGGGAUUUCAGCCUCGGAAAUGGUAAUGCGCGCCAGGGACUUGGUUUACCACUUGAGCUGCUUUACUUGCACCACUUGCAACAAGACACUGACCACGGGAGAUCAAUUUGGCAUGAAAGACAACCUGGUUUAUUGCAGGGUCCACUUCGAGACGUUAUUACAGGGAGAAUACCAUCCCCAACUAAACUACUCUGAAAUCGCUGCAAAAGGAGGUGGGUUGGCACUGCCUUACUUCAAUGGCACCGGUGCAGUCCAGAAAGGGAGGCCAAGGAAGAGAAAAAGUCCGGCGAUGGGAGUGGACAUAAACAGCUACAAUUCAGGUUGUAAUGAAAAUGAGGCUGACCACCUGGACCGUGACCAGCAGCCAUAUCCUCCCUCCCAGAAAACAAAGCGUAUGCGCACCUCUUUCAAGCACCACCAGCUCCGUACCAUGAAGUCGUACUUUGCCAUUAACCACAAUCCCGAUGCUAAAGAUUUAAAACAACUGGCCCAGAAAACAGGGCUAACCAAAAGAGUUCUUCAGGUUUGGUUCCAAAACGCAAGAGCCAAAUUCAGAAGAAACGUUUUGCGACAGGAGAAUGGGGGUGUUGAUAAAGCAGAUGGCACCACACUCCCGCCUGCCCCCUCGUCAGACAGCGGCGCUUUAACUCCACCCAGCACUGCGGCCACUUUAACAGACCUGACCAAUCCCACUAUCACUGUAGUGACUUCAGUGACCUCUAGUUUGGACAGCCACGAAUCUGGGAGUCCCUCACAAACUACCUUAACAAAUCUUUUCUAACAGUUUAUUACAAGAUAUUUUAAUGACCAGAGACAGAUCUUGGGAAAUCGAACAAGCAAACGAAUGAACAAAUCAACAAACGAACAAACUUAACAGAAUCAAACUUGGUGUGUAGCAUUCGCAACCACUUGGCAGCUGAGUUUUGAACUAAUCUCUUUUUUUUUUUUUUUUUUUUUUUAAAUUCUAACAGCUCUUCUUUAACAAUAACUAUGUAAUGGAAUAACGGAGUCGUUAUUUUGAGCUCUUACUAUGAUUUUUCUCUUUUUCAAAGAAAACACCCAUUGCAGCUCAGUAUAGGAGUUUUGCAUAGCCUUUAAAUACAGAGGUGAUAUCCAGGUUUUGCACAAAAUAUUUUUAA